AUGGAAAUUCAACAAGGUUACCCAGACUUCCACGCUCUCCCCACAUAUGGGGCCGUUCAUGGUAUCGCAGUCAUGGGUCUUGUACAUCGCGCUAUGGCAGACUUCCUCCCAAAUUUUCAAGGCCACAAUCACGUCCAUGGAGAGAAUUUCUUAGAGCUAAAAAAAGCGUAUCCGAUUCCGAAUGGCCGAGAGGAAAUUAAGUUGGAAACGACGGCAAAAGUGGUUGAUAUCGUGGAUCGGAGGAGCGGGGUGUUAGUCUUUGUAGAUAUCGAGACUGUCGAGGAGGGAACUAUAGAUGUCCUUUGCGUGAACCAAUGGGGGGGUUUUGUAAUGAAAGUUCCAACAGCUGGAGCUAAUACAACCCCGAUCCAACGUGGGCCCAGAACAACGUUGUAUCCAACUCUGACCCGGGCUCCAGAUAAAAUCACUGCGCAUAAAACGUCUCCGGAGCAAGCAGCACUCUACCGCGCCGCAUCAGGCUAUCUGAAUCCUCUGCACAUUGACCCCGAGACGGCAAAAGCGGCAGGGUUUCCGGCCCCCAUUUUGACGGGAACUUGUCCGCUUGGGAUGGGAGUCCGGCAUGUCGUUGAUGCGUUUGCUGGUGGUGACGGACGGAGGUUUAAAAGCGUGAAGUGUCGACUAAGUAAGCCUAUUUAUGGGGCGUUGGGUCAGGUGGUGAGGACAGAGAUGUGGAGAGAGGAAGGAGGAAGGAGGAUCUUGUAUAGACAAGUUGUGAGGAAUGGGGAGAGGGAAAAGAUUGUUAUUGGGAUGGCAGCGGUGGACUUGUGGGAGGAAGGAGGUGCGGUGAAACCAUAG